AUGGAGCACCUUCCCAGCGGAGUCCUGGUCCUGAUCCUCGACAAGCUUGCGUCGCAGGACAUUCCUUCCUCGCUGCGCGCCACGUGGGUCUGCAAUGCUCUCUACAGCGCGGGGAAAGAAGCGCCAUACGUCUGGAAGAGGGCGUUUCUCACUCCUCUGAGAACAGUGUUUGAGAGCGUACCAAAGCUCCCUUUUGAAGAGCUCAAGCACUCUGAGAAGAGGCUAGACGCGGAGGUAGAGGCUUUGGGAGGCUACAAGCUUCUUUUGGCAGCGAAAUUGAGCCAUGAGGUUCCGGCCAUGGCGAUCAAGAGCAGCCUCCCCGUCGUCGCCCCUUCCGCCACCCCCUCCCUCUGCGGCCCCAAGGGCCUGGCGGAAUGGCGGAAACGCAAGGAGGAAGAAGCUGCUGCCACGUCAGCAGAUCCGUCCCAGGGGGGUGGCGAUAUUGCUGCCGGCAACCCUUUCCUGGGGAUGCUUUCCGGGGGUGCGCUCAAGGCGGGCGUCCAGGCCCCCCCCAUGGGCCACACUCAGAACCGCUCCUGGACCUACACGAGCUCCGGCAAUCUUUGCCUGGACUUCUUCUUCCAGAUUCUCCCCGACACCCCCCCGGAAAGAUUGCGCCAGCUGCUGGAAGCAGCGUGGAAAGAGGACUCCCUGCUGGCGCUGAAGCUCCUUUUCCAGCUCAGGGGGGUAAGAGGAACCGGGAAGUGUGAGCGGGAGGGGUUUUACACCGGGGCGCUGUGGCUGGCGGAGAAGCACCCGGGGACGCUGCUGACGAACCUGGGCCAUGUUGCGCGCUUUGGGUACUACAAGGACCUGCUAGAAAUCGUGCUCAGAGUCCUGGAGGGACCCGAGGGGACGGCCUUGCGCGCGCGGCGGAAGGCGACCCACGACGCGGCGCGCGCAGCCGCCAAGGCGCGCGCGGAUGCCAAGCUCAGCUCGCAGGAGCUCAAAGACGCGGGAGUCUUCUCUCCCCGGUGGGGGGAAGGCUAUCCGGUUGACUAUGAUGAAGACGUUUUUGGAUACGGCCCCCAAAGCCGUUCCUAUCGCGCGCGCGGCGCGCAGGCGCGCACGGCGCGCAAGGAGCGCGAGUUCGCGGCCGCGGAGCGCGCGGUGCGCGCGUACGCGUACAACGGGAGCUACCGCGCGCUGCACGACGCGGUGGCGGACGUCUUCGCGCGGCAGCUCGCGCGGGACCUCGAGAGCCUCGCGGCCGGCCGCGCGCGUGACGUCAGCCUCGCGGCGAAGUGGGCGCCCAGUCUGGACGGCAGCUACGACCGGCAGACGCUGCUGUGCGAGACCAUCGCAAGGCGGAUGUUCCCCCGGGCAGAUCAGGAAGACGGGGAACUCCCGGAUGCGCUUUACGUCAGCAGGGCCCGGGACCGGUUGCGGAAAGAGGUGCUGACGCCCCUCCGCGCCGCGCUCGGGGUUCCGGAGGUUUACGUGGCGGCGGGGCGGUGGGCCGAGCUCGACUACAAGCGCGUGCCGGCCGCGUGCAUGCGUGCCAACGCGCGCUUCUUCCUCAAACGCGACAAGGCGCGCUUCAAGAAGUUCCUCGCCGACGUCAGCGCGGGCAAGGCGGGUGUCGCGCGCGCGGCGCUGCCGCCGCACGAGGUGCUGCGGGCCGCCGUCACGGGGUUCGGGUGGGGGGCGCGCCACGUGGCGGAGCUUCAGUGGCGGGGCAGCGGCGCGCGCGCGGGCUCGGCCAAGCCGCUCACCAGCUGCCUGGCGGUGUGCGACAUCAGCGGGUCGGUGCGCGGCGCGGCCGCGCAGGCGGCUGUCGCGCUCGCGCAGUUUGUGUCGGAGCUGGCGGAGGGGCCGUGGAAGGGACAGGUCAUCACGUUUGGUGCGCUUCCCCAGAUGCACGCGCUGAAGGGGAAGACGGUCAAGGAGCGGCACGCGUUCGUGGGGGACGCGGCCGCGGGCGGGGGUGCCGGCUUCCAGAAGGUGUUCGACAACAUCCUGGCGCUCGCGCGCGCGGCCAAGCUCCCCCCCGAGGCGAUGGUGCGCCGCCUUUACGUCUUCUCCGCCAUGGAAUUCGACGCGGCAUCGGCCCAGUCCUACCAGACGGACUACAUGGAAAUCGAGCGCAAGUUCGCGGCGGGGGGGUACGGCGCCCCCCCCGAAAUCGUGGUCUGGAAACUGUGCAACGGCGCGAGCACCCCCGUGACCGCGGGCCAGAAGGGGGUGGCUCUAGUCUCCGGGUUCUCGAAGAAUCUGCUGAGAUUGUUUGUGGGCGAGCCGGGGGGGGUGGAUCCGGUGAGCGUUAUGAACCGGGCGGUGGCGGGGCCCGAGUAUGAGAAGCUCGCGGUCGUGGACUGA